GUUCGUAGUCACCGGGAGUAAAAUCAUUGAAACUUAUACCUAAUACAUAAAAUAAAACCAAUCGGUAUUAAGGCUAGGCGCAACACUUCUGACUAUUCUGUGUACAUUGGCUUGGUGCUGAGAGGAGUCCUGCGUCAAACAGCCACAUUCGUAAAAUAUAAAAAAAAAAAUUAAUAAAAACUAAAAAAAUUAACCAGAAUGCGUGCUAUAUUUCUUGCGUUCUACAUCACCUGCCUUUUGGUAUUGAACGUCUGUAGUAAUGAAAACAACAAAAAACAAAAUAAUGCAGAAAUUUGGCAACAGGACUUAACGGACACUUUCAAAAUAGAAGGAUCGGAUCAGGGUAUACAAAAGGUCAAUCUGAAGUGUGGUUCUAAUUCAAUGAACGUAAUGCUGGAGACAGAGAAGCCCUUCACCGGCGUAAUGUACACUCGCGGCAGUUUCUAUAAACAAACUGCACCCUGUUUCGUUAAGCCAAUUACACAAAGUGCACUCUCUUUGGAGAUGAAUUUCCAAUUGGAUCAAUGUCAAACGUUAAAAGAUGGCGAACUCUAUUCCAAUAUUGUUGUCAUUCAAAAUGAUCCGGAAUUGAUAACACCCGGUGAUUCGGCAUUCUCGCUGGAAUGUGACUUCCGUCAACCGCGCAGUUUGGAUGUUGAAGCGAAUAUGCAGACACGCGACAGAAUUGUACGUGGUUCAAAAAUUACACUCACAAGCCCUGAUCCCUCAAGAGCAGCAACCGACUCGAUUAUUACAGUUCAUAGUGAUACGGACAGCGUUGAAUAUAUACCAAAACAACAAAAUACAAAUGUCAUCCAAAAGCACGUGCCGCAUGAAGAAAAUGAAGCUGAGACGAUACGCUUAGGCACGGUAGAGGAGGUUACGUACACGCUUGAGAAGGAUGAACUUUAAAAUUAAUAAUAAAAGAUGGUUUAGGAUUUUUAUGCAUUCAUACAACAUUUUGCACUCAAAAGCUAACAACAAAACAAGCACACAAAAGAACUACAAACUACAUUUAAUACACAAAAUACACAUCUGGUACCAGACAACAGUCAAAGUGGGCGUAAUGAAACGGAGGUGAAAUCGUGAAAUUAGAUUUUGGAAUGUUCGAUAUUUUAUGCACAACGUCAUUCAUUCAGUUUCCAUGUAUAUUUUAAGUUAUUUUUAAAUCCGUGUUCCAUACAAAAAAAAUGUAAAUUUAUAAAAAACAAAAAUCCUGUGAUAUGGUUGAAGAUGAUUGGACAGAAACAUAAUAAAAUAUUAUAGAUUUCUUGUGAA